CUUCCAACGAUCUCAUACGGAUACCUUCAACUGGAUCGUGUUGUUCAACCGGAGUGGUUCUUGGUACUAUACGGAUCCGGAAAACUUUGCCAGCCAAUGGACGCGCCCCAUUGUGUGUCCGCCACUCAGCGGAGGGAAGAUCAACUCGGUAAUGCUCCCUGGGCUUGGGCGCACUCAAGUUUCAAAUUUCUUCUAGAAUUAUUCUUCUUUUCUUCUUUUUGCUCUUUUCUGGUUUGGAGGCUUCUGCUUCCCCGUCUCUCGUUGGAGAGGAUGCCCGCCGAGCAUGGGGACGCCUUGUCUCUCUGCUGUCCACCAAAGGGAGUCUGGACCCUGCGGUAGUAGCGUCGCCACGUCUCCCCUUCGAUCAUCAAUGGGAGGCAAAAAAAGGCCCAAUUAUCCACCAACAAUUACAGAGAUGACGUCUCAUUCGUUGCUAUUGAAAUCCGGAAGC